GGCGCUGCAAAUGGAAAAGAGCUUGCAUUGAUGAGGUGGGUUGGGGGGGGGGGUAGAUGUGCUCCGUUUGCAUGCGCGGUGGAGCGGGCUGGGGGGCGAGGAUGCCAAGGAGCAUCAUCAUCCCCAGAUGAGGGAGGUCUGGCUUGCUUCGCUUUUUCGCCCUCCUCCGUGGAAACAGCUGAAGAGGAAGAAAAGGAGGCGAGAACUACGCCUUAAUCUGGGCUGGGCGUUGUUUAACAAGGUUUAUGUUGUGUUAGAAGUAGGCGAAAAGAUGAAUAUCGCCCGCUCUUUCGGUGCACGUUAAUAGGUAGAGCUAGGUUUCUAACCUGUUGUAAUAGCUGGGAGCCCAGGGAUAAGGAGUUGAUCAUUGCUUCAGAUACAAUUAGCGUGCAAUAGAAGAGUUUAUUGGUAAGGAUGAAAGUGAGCAAAACAUUACAGACAUCGUGCACGUGCUAAUAAAUCCACUUCGUUUUAUCUCGUAGUGAAAAUGCUAGAUAAUCAGCUGGUGAUAAUUGAGGGGGAAUUAAUAGCAUCUCCUCUGCAUUAAGGAAUAACUGAUGUGUCAAAUUUUCCUGAUCAAAACCAGUGUAUGAGCAUAGUCCUCACUGCUUGUAAUAUUUGUAUCAUGAUGUGCCCAUUCUGCUGGAAACAUGAUUCAGCGACGCUUUCCCAAAGCAAGAGGGGGCCAGUCUAUGCAAAGCACUAUUUCUGUAUUUUCAAAAUAAAUGCAUGUCUUUAGUAAGCCUCAAAGCUCCAAUUCAGAGUUUAAGGGCACUUCAGUCCACUUAGUGCUCUGCUGCAUUGCAACUAUUGAGUUUUAGUGGUGCACUAUCUAUUUUAAAUCAUUAGCUUUUCUGAAAAUCCCAACCACUGUAAUCUCUGUGGUAUUGUGCAGAGAUUACCAGACUGCAGUGUCAGGCACUUCCUAGGAUUACUUAUAUAAAUUGACAUAUUUGACUAUCUUUACAAGUGUGGAUCUAGAAUGAUUUACAUUAUUGCAUACAAUGGGUGAAUUCUGUCCCCAACUAAUUGUGCAGAUCUUUAUGUGUUUCGUGCAAUACAAUGAGAGUGAAGCUUCAAAUGGUAGGUGCUUUUUGUUUCUGAUUGUGGCAGUUCUUAAUUUAGUUUUUCCAAAGGCUUUUAUUGACUAGUGAAUAACCAUAGUACAGUAUAACCAUAGUCCAGUACUGAGACUUCCUCUCCAGUGUUCUUACAUAUAGGAGGACAAGUGGCGUGGGUUCUGUGUAGCAUGACCCUGUCUGCAAAGAUGUCUUGCAUUUUCUUGGUAAUAUAGCACCUAUUUUCACAUGACAUUUUGGAGAACUGUGCUUGAUUAUUUAUGGCAGUCUCCUCUCCAGUAAGCAGUUCAGUGCACUCAUUGAAAUGAAUGUCAGCAUAUUAAUGGAUCUUAGUGUGGUUUUCUUUUCUUUGCAGAUUGCAAAACUACACUCUACACUUGACAAGCAAGUCAGGCUUUUGUAUUUGACUUGAACUCAUUUUGUAUCUGGCUGUUUAUCUUGCUUUGCUACAGUGACAUGUUUUGUCACAUUGCACAGAUGGUGGGCAUUGCAACCCAUUGCAAUUGACUUGUUGGGCCAGCAAACAGGUUUGAGUAAGAAGCCCAGAUUAAGGACAGAUAAUGGGUGGUCACAUGUUACAUUCAACACAUGUACAAUCUCUGUACCUGGAUACACAAGCAGUUUAGGGGGUACAUUUGUACAGUAUUCACAUGCCGUGUUCAGUGACUGUACAGUCAGGGGCGUCUUUAGCCUUCCACUUUGAGAAGCGAGUUCCGAGAAGGUCAAGCAGUUGUACACUUUGUUUUUUAAAAAAACAUUUUUUUUAAUUUUGUUGAAGAAAUUUUAACAUGAUCAAACAUUCAAAUUACAUUUUUCAAUUUCUAAUCCUUUCGGUGUUGGUGCUGCAAUUCGAGACAAGCCCACCCAGGACUGCAAAUACACACACGGCACAGCACACUUCUCUGAAAUAUUACACUUAAAUGGUACUUUCAAGGCAGCAUAGUCAAACUAAUUACAGUCCAUACAUCUCUUUUCUGUGAAUCUACAACAGCUCAAAGAAAUAGUGGCUAUGACUGAGCACAGAGAAGUGCGGGGGAGGGAAUUGAGAAAACCCAGUAGCCGCUAUUCUUGUCAUAGCUGCCAAGUUUUCCCUUUUCUCGCGAGGAAGCCUAUUCAGCAUAAGGGAAAAUCCCUUUAAAAAGGGAUAACUUGGCAGCUAUGAUUCUUGUGCCUAAAAAGUGUGUGUCUGUGUGGUACCUACCCUCUUCAGAAACCACCUAAAAAAUGCACAGGGCACACCUCUGCCCUUUUGCAUUGGCUGACUGGUCUCCAGUCACCGCUCUUCCACUUUCUCUCUCUCUCUCUCUCCCCCCCCCCCCGCUUUACCUUCACAUCCCUACUAAUAGCAAAGGGUGGGCUAUCACACCAGCAAGGGCAGGUAAGGGCAGGAGCUUCAGCAGAUGUUACUGAGCAUGCUCAGAACUCACGAGCAUGCUCAGUAGAGUGCCUUGAAUUCCAUCCGGCUGGCAAGGGAUUAGAUUUUUUUGUGCUUGCAGGCUAGUGGGGGCUGGCUAGAGAGAAGCCAAAGCAGGAGCUCUGUGGAAGGGAAUUGAACAGCUGAUGCUCAGGCUCAAGGCACUGCUGAAUCUAAAGUUAAGCAGUUCUCUUGUAGGAAGACCUUGAGCUGCUGACUGCUGUUUGGUGAAAUAGAAAUUAAGCAAGUGGAGGCCAUGUUUGAAACAAUAGAUACUCACCGGGCCCUCCAGGCAGUGGAACGGCUGCAAGCAAAAUUACGGGAACGAGGUGAUACAGCAAAUGAAGAGAAAUUGAGUUUACUGAAAUCAGUGCUGCAAAGUCCUUUGUUCAAUCAAAUCCUAAACCUUCAGGCUUCUCUUCCACAAUCAAGAGAUCAGGUACAUGUUGCACCUUCUAUCUCCUCAUCUGGCGAGCUCGUACAGCUUUCUCAUCAUGCUGCUAUUGUGGAAUCUUCACUCCCAAAUGAAUCCUAUCUGUUGGCUCAGCAGAAUGGCAGUCUUUCUAGUGGGAUAGAAGCAGCUGCACGAUCUCCUCAGAUUAUUGUGAAGUCUGCUAGUGAUGACUUUGAACUACUGAUCAGAAAUAUGGCACAGGGACGCCUUGUUGAGACCAUAGAACUCGUGAAGCCUCUAAGCGGUGGUCUAGGCUUCAGUGUGGUUGGCCUGAAGAGUGAAUAUAGAGGUGAACUGGGCAUAUUUGUGCAGGAGAUUCAAGACGGAAGUGUGGCACAAAGAGAUGGAAGGCUGCAGGAAGCAGAUCAAAUCCUUGCUAUUAACAGGCAACCCCUUGACCAGACCAUCACACACCAACAGGCUAUCGGGAUCCUACAGAAAGCAAAGGAUUGUGUUCAGCUGGUUGUGGCCAGGGGCCCCUUGCCUCAGCUUAUCAGCCCUGUGAUUUCCCGGUCCCCAUCAGCUGCUAGUACAAUCUCAGCCCACUCCAAUCCAGUCCACUGGCAGCAUGUGGAGACCAUUGAGCUGGUGAAUGAUGGAUCGGGUCUGGGAUUUGGGAUAGUGGGUGGAAAAUCAACUGGAGUGAUAGUGAAAACCAUCCUUCCAGGAGGAAUAGCUGAUCAGCAUGGCAGCCUGCGCAGUGGAGAUCACAUAUUGAAAAUUGGUGAUACAGAGCUGGCUGGAAUGAGCAGCGAGCAGGUGGCGCAUGUCUUGAGGCAGUGUGGAAACAGAGUGAAGUUGGUUAUAGCCAGAGGCCCACUUGAGGAGCCCACACCACCAGCAGUUCCUCCAGGAACACCAGUACAAACCUUUAUGAUGGAUAACCAGAGAGACGAAGAGACACAAGUUGAAAAUGAUGCAAAUGGAAAUAUGUUUGAUGUGGAACUCACAAAAAACACCCAAGGAUUAGGAAUAACUAUUGCUGGCUACAUUGGAGACAAAACCUCAGAACCUUCUGGUAUUUUUGUAAAGAGUAUCACAAAAGGCAGUGCAGUUGAACACGAUGGUAGAAUCCACGUUGGAGACCAAAUUAUAGCAGUGGACGGAACAAAUCUUCAGGGUUUUACCAACCAGCAAGCAGUGGAGGUUCUGCGGCAUACUGGCCAAACAGUUGGACUCACGUUGGUCAGAAGAGGCCUUAAGCAGGAAAAUCACAUUCAACCCCAUGAGGACUUCAGUGGUGCUGAUGAAAAGGAUUUAAUUUUCCAAACGAUGGAUGUUGGCACAGGCAAAGAAAGCUGUGAAGGAGAGCAGCAGCUUCCAUCAUUGUCAUGCAGUACCAGUGCGAUUCAAACUGGAGAAGACUUUGAUCCAGAACAAUCAGGUUUUCAGCUAACUUCCAUCGAUGAAGAAAUAUCAUUGCAGAACAAAUGGCAGUCAUUUUUGGGAGCAGAUUAUGAGGUGGUGGUAGCUCACGUGAACAAGUUUAGUGAAAGCAGUGGACUGGGGAUCAGCUUAGAAGCUACAGUGGGACAUCAUUUCAUCCGGUCUGUUUUACCAGAAGGGCCAGUUGGACGAUGCGGCAAGCUGUUCAGUGGAGAUGAAUUACUAGAAGUAAAUGGAAUAUCUUUGCUUGGAGAAAAUCACAAGGAUGUAGUAAAUAUUUUAAAAGACCUGCCCAUCAAAGUAACAAUGGUGUGUUGCCGUGCAGCUCCACCUGUUAGUCAGUUGUUAAUGGAUGAAUCUCAGAUGACGGAACAGUCCGUUAUAGAUCUUGGUGGACUCCUGGGCUCUUCAGAGACAGAGGAUGCUAACUUGGACAUGGAUAAUAUGGGCCAGAGUGCAGAUGAGGUUCAAGGAUCUCCUUUGGCAAUGUGGGAGACAAACAUACAGCAAAUUGAGCUAGAGAAAGGGAGCAUGGGACUUGGAUUUAGCAUAUUAGAUUACCAGGACCCUGUGGAUCCUGCGAAUACGGUGAUUGUGAUCCGCUCUCUAGUUUCUGGGGGAGUGGCCGAACAGGAUGGCCGGCUUCUUCCUGGAGACAGACUUAUGUAUGUGAAUGACAUCAACUUGGAAAACAGCAGCCUGGAGGAAGCUGUGGAAGCACUGAAAGGAGCGCCAAUGGGAACGGUUAGGAUAGGAGUCGCAAAGCCGUUGCCUCUUUCACCAGAAGAGGGCUAUGUUUCUGCUAAGGAGGAUUCCUUUUUCUACACUGCCCAGUCCUUUGAGGAGGAAGGGCCAGCUGAUUCAGCCCUCUUCCAUGCUGAGCUGGCUCUGGUGGAUUCAAGUGAGGCAGAUCUAGUGGAGGAAUCCACCUUCGAAUCGCACUAUUCCCCAGAGAAUGAUGGUACAUUCCAGUCUUCAGUUUCAGCUCUGCAUGGCAGCGCCUGUGCCGAUGAUCUGAAGUAUAACCUCUCACUACCUUCUUCAACUCCCAAGGCUGUUUGCAAAGAAAGUUCAAAUGCCUCAGUCGGUUACCAUUUACCGGACCCAAACCUGUACACCAUGGAUCUAAUGCAAAGGGGAGCAGAGAGCAGAUCUUCUGCUGAUGUAUGUGUGGAACAGACUUCUGGGAUCACAAGAAAAGAUCCAGUAACACAUUCUCCUAAGAAACAAGCUGAACAUGAAAGCACAGGAACUUGGACAGCUGAAGCCUCACACAAUGCAAAUUUAACUUCUAAGUUGAACCCUGAUGCUACCGGGAAAGAUCACGUACUCUUGAUGGAAAAUAACAGCUUAACGCAUGCUGAGAGGUAUUCUGCAACCCUAAAUGCAAACAAAAACAAGUUUGAGAAGACUAUUACUAUUGCAAAAGGCAAUUCAAGUUUAGGGAUGACAGUAAGUUCCAAUAAAGAUGGCUCUGGAAUGAUAGUCCGCAGCAUUAUCCAUGGGGGUUCCAUAAGUCGUGAUGGGCGCAUUGGUGUUGGGGACUGCAUUCUGUCUAUCAAUGAGGAACCUACCACUAAUUUAACCAACGCACAGGCACGAGCUAUGCUGCGGAGACAUUCCCUUGUCGGACCAGAUAUAAAAUCUUCUCCAACACCUGCUGAUGAUCAGGCCCCCUUUUAUGUCAUUACCUAUGUGCCAGCAGAGCAGUUUGAAGAGUACCAGGCCAGCUUAGGGCAGCAGCUAAAAGGAAGAAUGGCACUAGAUGUUUUUCCUUCACAUGUUGUCAGAGAAAUUCCAGAACUACCAGAACGGGAAGAAGGGGAAGGAGAAGAAAGUGAACUUCAAAAUGCAGGCUACAGUAACUGGAACCAACCAAGAAGGGUUGAACUCUGGAGAGAACCCAGCAAGUCACUGGGAAUCAGCAUUGUCGGGGGGCGAGGAAUGGGAAGCCGACUGAGCAGUGGCGAAGUCAUGAGAGGAAUCUUCAUCAAACACAUUCUUGAAGACAGCCCUGCUGGCAAAAACGGAACCUUGAAAACAGGAGAUAGAAUAGUGGAGGUGGACGGAAUUAACCUCAGAGAUGCAAGCCACGAACAAGCUGUGGAGGCCAUACGGAGAGCAGGCAACCCAGUAGUCUUUAUGGUACAAAGCAUUAUAAACAGACCAAGGCCAGAAUCUCUCUAUAGCUCUCUAUCGUCCUCUGCUCCCAGCGGGCAGAAACCUAAUAAUCCAUUUUACCAGCAGUCGUCGCAGAACCUCCCUAUGCCUUACCUGCAGUACAACCCUUUCAGUAAGCCUCCUGCCUUCAGCAGCACUAACCCUUUUGUUGCGCCUCUACAGUUCAACACUAACAAGGCAUCUAGCCAGUCAGAUUCAGAGCCGGAAAAGGCUUCGUCUUGCAACCUGCUUCUGCCGCCUCCUUCACUGUCACCAGGAAUGAGCAGUGAGGUUUUGCAGCAACCCUGCAACCAAUACCUGGAAGAGCUGGAUAAGGAAGAUGAGUUCGGAUACAGCUGGAGAAAGAUCAGUCAGCGGUACGGGCAUCUGUCUGGAGAUAUGCACAUGAUAGAGUUGGAGAAAGGGAAGACUGGCUUAGGACUCAGCCUGGCUGGGAACAAAGACCGGUCCAAGAUGAGUGUUUUUGUAGUGGGAAUUGAUCCAAACGGAGCAGCUGGAAAAGAUGGCAGGCUGCAGAUUGCAGACGAGUUACUGGAAAUAAAUGGACACGUUCUCUAUGGAAAGACUCAUCAGAAUGCAUCUUCAAUAAUAAAAUGUGCACCUUCUAAAGUAAAAAUCAUAUUUAUCAGAAACAGAGAUGCUGUCCAGCAGAUGGCCGUUUGUCCUGGGAAAUCAGCAGAGACUUCCUCUUCUGGGCUACUUCAGUAUGAAGAGGGUGAAGUGAAUGAUCCAAGCUCUAUUUUUCCUAUAGAUUUGAGUUUAUAUAAGAAUAUUAAAAAUGUGGAAUUGCCUAAAGAUCAAGGAGGCAUAGGUAUUGCCAUUGGUGAAGAAGACACAUUCAACGGUGUGGUUAUUCAGAGCUUAACAGAACAUGGUGCAGCAGGAAAGGAUGGCCGAAUUAAGGUUGGAGAUCAGAUUCUGGCAGUGGAUGAUGAAGUUGUUGUGGGGUAUCCUAUAGAAAAGUUUAUCAGUUUGCUGAAGACAUCAAAGCCCACUGUGAAACUCACAAUCAAUUCAGCUGAAGAGGAGAGUCAGACAGCUGCUCAGCCACAAACACCGAUUUACAGUACUACUUCGGACACAAGCAGGUCCUCAACUCCAGCCACAUUGACAUCAGACCCAGCCACAUGCCCAAUCAUCCCAGGUUGUGAAACGACAAUCGAUAUCUCCAAGGGACGUACCGGUCUUGGCUUGAGCAUAGUAGGAGGAGCCGAUACUUUGCUGGGCGCAAUUAUUAUCCACGAAGUGUAUGAAGAAGGAGCAGCGUCCAAAGAUGGAAGGCUGUGGGCUGGUGAUCAGAUCUUGGAGGUGAACGGGAUCGACCUAAGGAGCGCAACGCACGACGAAGCCAUAAACGUUCUCAGACAGACGCCUCAGAAAGUCCGCCUCACUGUCUACAGGGACGAAGCCCAGUAUAAGGAAGAAGACAUGUAUGAUGUGCUCAGUAUAGAGCUACAGAAGAAGCCAGGCAAAGGCCUUGGAUUAAGUAUUGUUGGGAAGAGGAAUGACACUGGAGUGUUUGUGUCAGACAUUGUCAAAGGAGGCAUAGCAGAUCUGGAUGGGAGACUGAUGCAGGGAGACCAGAUAUUGAUGGUGAACGGGGAAGAUGUUCGAAAUGCUAACCAGGAAGCAGUGGCCGCUUUGUUAAAGUGCUCAUUAGGUACAGUCAGACUAGAAGUUGGAAGAAUAAAGGCAGGCCCAUUCCAUUCGGAGAGGAGAACGUCUCAGAGCAGCCAGGUCAGCGAGGGAAGCGGCAGCCUGUCAUCAUUCAGUUUCCCAGGUUCGGGAUCCAACCCACCAGAAAGUUAUGAAAGUACUCUGAAGAAGAAUUCCUUAGCAUCUGAAAUACAAGGAUUAAGAACAGUCGAAAUAAAAAAGGGCCCUUCAGAUUCCUUGGGAGUUAGUAUUGCUGGUGGCGUCGGAAGCCCUCUUGGAGAUGUUCCGAUUUUUAUAGCCAUGAUGCAUCCUAAUGGAGUUGCAGCUCAAACUCAGAAAUUGAGGGUAGGGGAUAGGAUCGUUAGCAUCUGUGGAACACCAACCGAAGGAAUGACUCAUUCUCAGGCUGUCAGCUUGUUAAAAAAUGCUUCUGGCACUAUUGAAAUACAGGUUGUAGCUGGUGGAGAUGUCAGUGUCAUUACCAGCCAGCAGCAAGACCCACCAACAUCUAGCCUUUCGUUUGCUGGGCUAACAACAAACAGCAUCUUUCAAGAUGAUUUGGGACCUCCGCAGUAUAAAACCAUCACUCUGGAUCGGGGACCCGAUGGCUUGGGCUUCAGCAUCGUAGGCGGGUAUGGAAGUCCUCAUGGAGACCUGCCCAUUUAUGUUAAGACUGUGUUUGCAAAGGGUGCCGCAGCAGAAGAUGGGCGCCUGAAGAGAGGGGAUCAGAUCAUUGCCGUCAAUGGGCAGAGCUUGGAAGGCAUCACGCACGAAGAAGCGGUGGCUAUUCUGAAAAGGACGAAAGGAACGGUGACCCUGACUGUUCUCUCUUGAACCCUCUUCCCCCGAAGAUUUGGGUCAGCACAAUAACUCUGUCCACAUUCCACAAAGCAAAGAGAAUGGGAAUGCUUAUAUCGUUCUCUUGCUCACUGCAGCUGCCAGAUUGUUUGACAUCAUAGGUGGAAAACACAACAACAACAACAAAUUACCUUGUUUUUAUACACAGUAGAAAUAGUUUCUUGCUGUCAAGGCACAGAAGUUGGUUUCUGUAGCAUAGGACAAUGGCAGGAGUGCUUGAGAGCAGUAUUAAUA